AAAGUUCAGGGCAAACGAUGAUUUAAAGGUACAAAAUUCUGCUAUUCGUAACAAUAGCAAACUACAUGGAAACAUUAAUGAUGGGGGCGCUUCACUAAGGCCGUUUUAUAUUGAAAGAUUCUACAAACCACGGUUACUUUAAUUUCCAUCUACACUGCACCUUCCUGUAUGCAACUUAAAAAUUGUCAAUCCAACAAACACUAAACGUUUUCACACAACUAAGUGGGCAAUUAUGGAUCGCAGUAAGAAUAACAGCACCGAAUUUGGCAACAACUCGAUGAAAGCUGCUGCAGUUCCUACUACAAAUAAUACAACGGCACCAUGGACGAAUAACAAGGAGUCAUCGACAAAUAAUGAGGAUGAUUCUAAUGAAGAUGAUGCUGAUACUUCAACGCCAGCUAAAGUAACAGACCCACUAGCGCCGAAACUAAAUAAUGAGCGCGUUAUGGUCGUCUCCGUUACGGAACGACGUCGCGAAACCUGGGGUCAAAAAGCGGAAUUCCUGUUGGCCGUUGUUGGUUUCGCCGUUGACUUGGGGAAUGUGUGGCGUUUUCCUUAUAUUUGCUAUCAGAACGGAGGUGGUGCAUUUUUGAUACCUUAUUGCGUUAUGUUGAUAUUUGGAGGAUUGCCUUUGUUUUACAUGGAACUGGCCUUAGGACAGUUUCACAGAUGUGGCUGUUUAAGCAUUUGGAAGCGUAUAUGCCCAGCAUUGAAAGGUGUUGGAUAUGCUAUUUGUUUAAUUGACAUUUACAUGGGCAUGUACUAUAAUACGAUUAUCGGCUGGGCAGUUUACUAUCUAUUUGCAUCGUUUACAUCUAAACUGCCAUGGACGUCAUGUGAUAAUACGUGGAACACCAACAGUUGCAUGCCAGUUACAAAUGAGAACUUCACCGAAUUAGCCACAUCGCCUGCAAAGGAGUUCUUUGAACGUAAGGUACUCGAGCAGUAUAAAUCUGAUGGUUUGGAUUUCAUGGGACCUGUUAAACCAACAUUAGCACUAUGUGUAUUCGGCGUAUUCAUUUUAGUAUAUUUUUCAUUAUGGAAGGGUGUUCGCAGCGCUGGAAAGGUGGUGUGGGUAACUGCUCUGGCACCCUAUGUUGUGCUCAUUAUAUUAUUGGUGCGAGGUGUUUCACUUCCUGGUGCAGCUGAGGGCAUUAAAUAUUACUUAACACCAGAAUGGCAUAAACUUAAGAAUUCAAAGGUCUGGAUAGAUGCUGCUUCACAAAUAUUUUUCUCAUUGGGGCCAGGAUUUGGUACAUUACUUGCGCUCUCCAGUUACAAUAAAUUCAAUAAUAAUUGCUAUCGUGAUGCUGUGAUAACGAGUAGCAUCAACUGUUUAACUAGUUUUCUGGCAGGAUUUGUAAUAUUUUCAGUAUUAGGUUAUAUGGCUCAUGUGCAGAAAACAUCAAUUGAUCAGGUCGGAUUGGAGGGACCUGGAUUAGUAUUUAUCGUAUAUCCAGAAGCUAUAGCAACAAUGAGUGGCUCAGUUUUUUGGUCCAUAAUAUUCUUCUUAAUGUUAAUAACACUGGGGUUGGAUAGCACUUUUGGUGGUUUGGAAGCUAUGAUAACUGCUUUAUGUGAUGAAUACCCCCGUGCCAUUGGUCGAAGGCGUGAACUCUUUGUGCUACUACUGCUCGCUGGCAUAUAUUUAUGUGCAUUACCAACAAUGACAUAUGGUGGUGUGUUUUUGGUUAACUUCCUCAACGUCUACGGUCCUGGCCUGGCUAUACUCUUUGUGGUUUUCGUGGAAGCAGCUGGCGUUUUUUGGUUUUACGGAGUUGAUCGUUUCUCAUCUGAUGUUGAACAAAUGUUGGGCGCUAGGCCAGGAAUAUUUUGGCGAAUAUGCUGGACAUAUAUUAGCCCAGUAUUUUUAUUGGCCAUUUUCAUAUUUUCUUUCCUUGGUUACGAGGACAUGCUGGGUGAGGAGUACAAAUAUCCUGAGUGGAGUAUUAAAGUUGGAUGGGCUGUAACAGCUUCUUCAGUGCUAUGUAUACCGAUGUAUAUAAUAUACAAAUUUGUUUUUGCGUCCAAAGGCGGCCUUCGUAGACGCCUACAUGAGACAUUUAAGCCAGAAGAUAUAAAUUGUGGGUCAGUGUUACCAGGUUAUGGUACUUCAGUGUGACAUGAUCAAAUC